CUCAACAUGGCGGAGGCGCUCCGGGCGCGGAUCCCGCCCGCCCGCACGGCCCGGGCACCCGGGCGGGGCCUGCGCUGCCCCUGCCGCGCCGCUCCCGGCACGGAGCCCCCGCUGCUGCGGGACCUGCUCGCUGAGCUUCGCCCGCGGGCCCUCGCCUGGGGCGCGGCGGACUCGUCACGCCCCGCGGGCGGAGUGCGCCGCAUCCCCGGUAGCGGCAGAGGGGAGCGCCGGGAAUGCCGUACUUCUACACCGGCAAAAUAUGCUCCCUGCAAAGACAUUACCAGCACAACAAAGUGUGGGAGACACUGCCAUCAUUUUGAGGCUGAAAACUGCCCCAUCUCUCCUGCCUGGCUAAUCCAUAGAGGAUUGAUGAGGAAGUAAAUACCUCUUCAUAAAUUGCUAAAUACUGUGUGGAAUAUCUGAAAUGGGAUUUGGGAAAAACUAAUGACAGGUAAUAAAAGAAGGAUCCUGUGGGGAGGCAGAAAUCCUCAGCCAUUGCCCCAGUGCUCUCCUCAUCACAGCUGGUCUCUACGGGGUGCUCAUUAGUAGUAGAUGCUUUUUCAUAGAAUUUCAGGCUUUAAGUGAUUCCCCACGAUGUUUGCAAAAGCAACGAAGAAUUUUGUGAGAGAAACUGACAGUGGAGGUGACUUGAUCCCUGUCUCCCACUUGAACGCCUCAGACAAGCUGCAGCUUUUGAGCUUAGUUACGAAGAGGAGGAAAUUCUGGUGCUGGCAGAAGCCCAAGUAUCAUUUCUUGACAGUCACCCUGAGUGAUGUGCUUACUGAAGACAAACCAAUAAAACCAGUGAUUGUGGAGUCUGACUUUGCAAAAUAUAUGGGGAAGUUUGAAGAUUUUGUUCAAGGAAGUAUUGAAACAUCAUUUGUGAAGUUCAGCCUGGGAGCUGGAGGGAAGGGUUAUGUGGAAAACCAAUCCUCAUUUGGAAACCUGAGGAAGCAGGAGGUUGACUUGCAGCAGCUUAUGAAAGAUGUCAAGGACAGAACAAUAGAUCUAAACAGUAGUUUACUGCAACAAGUAAUAGAAAGAAAACGUGAAGUGCUGUGCAUCUUGAGAGAAAAGAUAAUCACAACUCAGAGAUGUACAAUAUCCGAACAUAUUCAGACAGAAGAAAAAGUCAGUGGUGUGAUGGGAUGCUCUGCAAAAACAAUAAAGGUUUCAGUAAGUGAGAAUGGAAGUCUGAUGAAGGAUUCUAGCGUGAUCCUUGAAAUUCCUCCUGCAACCACUAUUGCGUACGGUGUAAUUGAACUGUUUAUAAAGCACAAUGGCCAGUUUGAGUUCUGUCUGCUAGAUGAACAGCAAGGAGGUUUUGAAAAAGAAAGUACAGAAGGCUCAGCUUAUCCCCAUUCAGUUCAAUUCAGAGAUGCUUCGUUCCUCUAUCAGCCAGAUGCUGUUGAUAAUGAGAUGUACUCUGGGGCUAAAAACCUCGUUCCCAGUGAUGCUUCUAUAAGUAUAUUGAAACAAGGAAUACUUAGUUUUAUUUUCCACUGCUUUCUUGGGAAAGAUCUGUCCCGGUUGAAGACCCAGUUCCAGCCCUUUAUGAAGCUUGCCGAAGACAAGCAGAGAGCUUUAUAUAAAACCCUCUGUGAGCUCUUGCUCCACGAAGAAAUGGUGACUGCCCUGGGGGACAUGUUCGAUGAUAUCUGCACAGGAGACAAGCCAGAUCUGGAGGAGUUAAAACCUGAACAACAAAGAGACCUCCGUGACUUCUUGCAGCUCUUAGGGUGCAGUUUGAAGAGUGAGCUAUUGUUGCAGAAAUACCAGCCUCAGGAUGAAGAACUUUUCUCAGCUGCUCACCUUCUUAUCAGUGCUAUAUCUGAGCUGCCUGAUGACACCCUUGUCCUGCUGCGUGCCUGCUGUGAUCUUCACGUUGUUCCAGCCUUGUGUUUUUUGCCUGACGUCGCUUCAGCCGAUGGCACUGUGGCGCUGAGCAGUCCUUCGGUGGCCACUCUCACCGACAGAGGAAGAUUUGAGGUCGUGCAGAGGCUGUUUGCUUCAUCAAACAUUAAUCUGGAAAUGACAGAGUCUUCUGUAAAGGCUGUAACUAUGAAAGAACCGAGAUUCUUCCCACUUGUUCUUUAUGUUGCACUGUAUGGAUUUCAUGCUUUAGGUGGGAAUGUAUAGGAGCUAUACUGAGUAUCCAGUUUUUGCUGUAGCCUGUUGCUUCUUCUGUAGCUGUCUGUAAUUUUGGUGUGUUUGGGAUCAGCAGUAGAGCUGUUCUGUUGGUACUUAGGGCGGCACAGCCAGGAAUUAGGGCGACCAGGGGACUCUGCAGUUUCAGUGGAAAAUACAUAAAUAAGGGAUGAAGGGGAGAAAUUAAAAAAGAGAGCCAUGGGAGAGAAACUGAACAUAGCUGCUCUGGUAGGUGUCAGAUCUGCAGGGCAGUGAAAGCCAGAUUGCUUGCAUUAAUAUGCAUGGGAGAAGGCAGCAAAGUACAAACUGCUUUUUGUAAGCAAGCAAACAGGCAGGCCCUGGAAACCCAGGGUUCUGCAAUGCAGCAACUGUUUUUCUACUUAAGCCUGGGUGUGCAGAAUGCCUUCACUCUGGAGCAAGUGCAAUGGAGGGCUCUCAAAAAGGUACUCGAUUAGAUUCUCUUAUUAAUUAUUGUUUGACUUUAAUGGAUAUGAGCUGCACACUGCAGGAAAUAGCAAAGUCUCUUUUUCAACCACCCAGACCCACUUCAGGGAUUUAUACCUCUGUACAGCAUUUCUGUUUUCUGGUAUGUUUUUACUCAUGUUAGCAAGUUUCAGCUGUUUAAACUGCAUUCUGAACUUUGGCGUGGCAAUGCCUUCUGGUGUGUGCACAUGAAGGGUCCCUGCUGCACACUAUAGAAAUGAUCAUUUUACCCAUAUGACAUUUCCAGUGCACAUAUUUUGCUUGUUUCUUUGACUAACAGGAAAGUAUUAGUAAAGCACUGUGUGCUUGAACUAUUUUUGUUUUUUCAUCAUAAUUUUUUAUAAUCAUGGAUGGAACAGAAAUGCAGCAUAGAUCACUGUAAAUGUGGGCUUGGGAAGAUGUUCCAAGUAGGUGGAGUAUCAGUGCUUACAGAUGAGAUCAUGAGAUGGCUGAGAGACAAAGAAGCAGGCACCUGUGUGGGGGUGACCAGUAACCAGGCCCUGCAGCGUGGCUGGUGGGUAGGAGUUCUGCUCCAUUUCCUGCUCUAUUCCCACACGGCCUUGAGCAGAUUGUCUAAGAAGCUUUUAAAAAGUCACGUCAGUUCAGCUUUCCUUGAGGACAUGGACUAUGCAGAAAAGCACCACGGUGCCUUUCCAGUCCCUGAGAGCUCAGGAUAGCUCUGCACGCUGGGACGUGGGCGUUUCUGCAUCUCAUCUGUUCCGUGAAGCUGAUGGUGUUGCCUGAACUUUGUGCUGGUGUAGAAAGAAAGCAUCCUUUAGGAGCUGGAAGCAUGGAACUCUGCUUCUGGAAGCAGUGUGUGAGUGGGACAGUUGUCUUUUGCCUAUCACUACAAAAAGUUGCCUCUGUAAUGAAUUUACAAAAACUUCCUAUUAAAUGCUGUGUCAAAACAAUAGAAUAACUUA